UUAAUUAAAUAGCGCCAAGGCAACGGAGUACGCUUAGUGCUAUUGGGGCGUUCAACUACAACUUUUUGUUUCUUUUAAGUAGCCUAGGCCUACAGUGGAAAACUGUUAUAACAAGGCCAUUUGGACUUUACAAAUUACCUUGUCAUAAUAGUUACCUUGUAUAUCAGUAACGGAAAACAAAUAGUUGGGGCCUAAAAUUAUCCUUGUAACGUGAGCUUGUAAACAGGCCUAUCUGUCAAUCUGUGUUGCCUGUUUGGACCGUAAUUCUGGACCGUUCAUGGCGUUGUAAAAUCAGCUUCAAGUAUGUUAUUUCAAGCUCAGAGUCUGAGAAAACUCGAAAGCGGUGUGCAGGCAAUGUUCAGUUUGAAUAACCCCAUGCAGUAUUGCCACUGCACUGCCAUAAAUGAGGAUGACGUUAGGAAUAUCAGGGCCUAACAUGAGUUUUCUCAGUGCAGUCUACAGCCAGAGCUGGCCUGCACCAGAUCCCAACAAGCAAACAAAAAGGGGAUUUCAGGGGAGGUUAUUCCAACAGUCACGGAGAAGGAACAAGACUGCUCAUCCAGGGACGGUCAGCCCUCGCCCAAAGCAUGGCAGAGAUUAUGAGCUCCAGGGUUGCCGUGGCAAAGGUUUAUUGGUGUCACACAGUCAACAGACUCCCAAGAAGGUCUCCCAACAGUUGAGUCUAACACCAUCCAGGCACGCUGGCCUAGAUCAGACAACCUACAAGUGGAAAACCUGGACAAAUUUUCAACAGGAGCGUGAAAAUGACCAAAACGAUCUUACUCUGUAUAAAAUAACACAGGACACAUUCCGUAAGUUAUCAGCUCAGGUACAUCAGGUUAAUCAACAAAUCAGCAAGUACCAUGGCACUGGUUUUAAGAGCUUCUACUCAAGUGGAGACAGGAUGGUGCGGACCUUACGCCCUUCCCAGCUAGCUGCAAGCUUACCCCAUCAAGCACCCAGCAUUGGCUCAGCACCCGCAGGGGAGGCAGCGGUCAUCGAUCAGGGGUUAGCAUUCCAGUGCACACCAGUCAAGAGGUCAAACAGAAGACGACCACACUCUUCCAUUGUUGUGAGGUCUAAACAGCAGCAACCGGUCUUGAGACCACAUUCCACUUCUGCCCUCAGUGGCAGACAAGCCGAGUUUGACCAGCUCACCCCAAGAAUAAUCGGUGCCCUUAGUGAUGGGAAACAAAUAGACUCUGACGCAUCUCACCCGGGGCCUUUUGAUAUUGUUUCAAAUGACGGAAAGCCAGAAAUCGUUGAUGCUGAAAAGAAUCAGUCUGGUGAGGACUCUGAGGACAGUUCACACAAGUAUCGGGUGAGGACCCCACCAAACUUUGACCUGCCACCAGAAGACUUGGACGUGGACAAUUACCGGGGGAUGUUUCGAUAUCACAGCUCCAGCGCCGGCAAGAAGAAGCAGGAUCCAUUCCCAGAGGCACUAAGUAAGCCCUACUGCUACCUGGACUUACUGGAAUUGAGCCUACUCAAGGAGGACUGGCGGCACGCCAUACGAGCAGUGCCGGACGGUGUCGAGGAGAAGCUCAUUGACCGGCUGAUCGAGAUGGAGCGGCUGCAGAUCACCAGUGCUGAAUGGGAGAAAAGUCAAAGGUUGGCUCCACCGAAGAGAGCAGCAUCAGCCACGCAGGUGAGGAAAGGUUGGAAUGCCACAGCAGCUCUCCCCACAGAGCGAGCACAGAGUGCCUUAGCCAGAUCCAGGCAGAGUAGAAAUUGUUCACCUGACUGUCUGCAGCCGCUGUGCGCAGGGGAAUGCAAGAUCAAGCGUGACCCACCCAGUGGGGGAUGCUGUCACUGUAAACAGGCAUACUGCCAGGGCUCCUGCACAGAAUUUGGCUAUCAUUUACAUAUCCGGCAGCCCAGACAAGCAGAAGAGGAGGAGUCCCCUCCCAGACCUAAAUCCUGUAAGAGCUGCACCACAGGCCGAACAUCUAAUCGGAAAUCCACUGCAAAUACCAAUACUGCUGUUCUAGGGCGUCCCAAGUCUGCCUUCGCGACCUUCAGCAGUGCUAGGCAGAUGGUACGUAAACCACGACCCAUCUCAGCUGUGGCCUUGAAAGCCUCAGAGGACCUGGCUAAUCUGGAGUUAUCAUCCGCGGUCGGGGCAAGUGGCGAUCAAUCCUCCCGACCAAAGACAGCUUCUUCGAGCAGUGGCUCCAGGUUGAAGAGCCGCGGGCGCGACUCCAUGCUGCCUGGGAAGAGCUUCACAUCACAGCGGAGGCGCUCACUGACAGACGAACCAAUCAGCACCAGCGCUGCCAAGAUGAACCCCAAGCCGAUCAGAGUGAAGUCUGCAAAGCUGAAAGCCAAGCAAAAGAGCAGUAACAAGAGGUGAAUUGCUGCUGUAUCCUCCACUUUAGUCCUUUGCAAGAGCUGUUAUAGGUUCUGUGGAACCUACCCGUGUGGCCUCCCAUAGUUGUGUCUCUUGGCAGCUGGGUCCCGGCCUUUGGUAAUUUUGACUCAAGGCCUUUAAACGGAUCUGAGCUCAGGGAUGCAGUCGAUGCCGGAGGCUGAGUUGCAUUUUGACAUUUGGCCUGAACAAUUUUGGUGCUCGGGAAUAAGAUUGCAUGCAAAACAAAGCACUGAGUGAAAACUGCGUGCUGUGCGUGUGACUGAAAAUCUCUUGUGCAUGGGUCGAAUCAGGGCUGCUUGAUGAUAAAAAAUAAUUCAGUUUUUCACUUUGGUUUGUCAUUUUGAAGUCUUCCGUGCAUAAUUUAGAAAACUGUAUUAAGUGCCAAAGCUGACAAGUUCAUAAAGUUGUUAUUGUAUUUGUAACAAAUGACUAAAGAAUACCUGUGUCAUCAUUGCAGCGUAAUUUGAGAGCAGAUAAUUUUUGAUAGACUUGCAAUGAUCGUAGGUCUUGAUUUCAACGCUGCAUUUCCUUGCCAAGCCAAUAUUUAUUUGACCAAGCUAGUCUCUACCAGUUGCCAAAAUGAAGUGACCUCCCUAGGGGCCCUGGCAGAGAAAACAGUGAAGAAAUGUUCAGUUUUAAAGGGAGGAGGGAGGUAAAUCCUCAAAUAAAUAUUUUUAAUUGGGUAGGUACUGAAAACCAGGGCAGUUGGGAUUUGAACCCAGGUUGCACAAGUAGAAGGCAACCUGACCUCCCUGAGUACCACAACUGCCCUCUUAACAGCAAGAAAAAGAGAGGCUGGUGCAACUUACAUGUCAUUCGUUCCCAGCAACAUGCAACACACAUGUGAAUACUUGGCAGUUUCGUAAAACUACUGCAGAUUCUGUGCUGUUGGAAUGUGCACAUGCACGUGAUGUGCUAUUCCAAGAGGGACCAUUGCUUGGUAUAAAAUUCCCGCAUCUAUUCUUGUUUGCACAUGGAGAACAUAGAACUUAAAAUGCAUACCUUGUCCUGUUACUUGAGAUGUUAGAGGUGAAUGAAAACUGGAGAAGCUCGUUAGCUACUAAUGACCUAAUGUUCUGUGGUUCUUGAUUAUGCAAUGCACCUGAUUAAAUUGUAUAUAAAUGUGUUUGUGUGUGAUUUUAUUGAAAGUUAAGUGAUUUUUAAAAAAUUAAAUGGUGUAACAGGGGUAAGGCUGCCUCCAGUGUAGAGAUCAAAAUUGGGACAUACUUGGUUGGGGCAAAGCUGCUGUUCUAGGGUGCAGUAUUCCAGUAAUGUAAUGUAAAAUAUUCCAGUAAAGUCAGGUGACAAAGUCCUUGACUUGAAAUGGUUUACUACGGAUGGGAUAAAUUCCUUCAAAAGAGUUCUGUGCAAGUAGGUCUACCUUUCUUGUGUUGUGUGUGUUCUUAAGACGUUUGAGUUGAAAAGAGAACUUCAGUUGAAUGCCACUCACCUAAAUGUAGGAAUAUUCUGUCAACUCUUCAAUAUUUUCUUUACCGAUGAAAGUUGUGUGCCGUUAAGGGUGUUGUUUACCAUUGCUAAUAUCCCCCACAUCAGACUACCAUAUAAUAUAAAUAUCUUACUUGAAAGAAAGUACAUAAAAGUGUCAAUCAGUCUGUGAGGUAUUUCCGCCCAGUAUGCUGUAGUUUUCGAGAAAACAGAAAUUUUGUUCAAUGCAAUUGCACACUUUCUCUGGCGGUCUCUGGUACUUUAGAGAGUAUUGUUCUGAAUGUUUUGAGGUUUAGUGAUAAAUAGGUCAUGUGAAACUUGGAUUAUCCUUUUUUGCAUAUAUCUAUUAUUUUCUCUCUUUUUUGUUGAAGAAAGUAAAGAUAGGUUGGUGGAUUUUUUCCUUUUACUUUUUAAAAACUGUCUAUUACAAACUUUUUUGCAAGAGCUUUAACUUUCUGCCUUUUGGGUCGAUUUAUAUUUUUAAUAGUGUCUUUAGAUUCAUUUAUUUUCAUAACUUGUCAUAAAAUAGAAGCCUCUUUAUUUUUUGUAUUUUUGGUACCUACAGCGGUGUUCCUGUCUGUUCCGCAUAGGCUUAAUCUAAUUGCACCCUUUAGCUUUGCUUUCCGAAAAAGUGUCGGAAUUCAGCCAAGAUAAGAAAAGAAGAAUAACUUAGAAUGGUUCAUUGUUUCUUUACUCAUUUGAUCCCUGUAAAAUAGAAACACAAUACCCAAAGGAAACAAACAUUCCACCUUGUGGAAGACAGAAUUUAUCGUUCUGGUUUAGUUUUGGCUGUGAAGUGUUGUUACGAAUGUUAUGCACACAUAUUUUGAAUGCCUCUAUUGAGGAUAUGUUUAUUUAUGUAAACGUGAUUUUCGUGAUGUGAAUUGAAAUAAAGGAAAUAGAUGUUGGAUGGUAGUCCCAAGUGGAA